UUGAUGAUGUCAGAUUCAUCACUGCUGUGAGUUUUCUACUUGACAAAAUCCAACAAAUCUCGAAAUCAACGGUGGCAGAAUGGGAGGAGGAGAUCUGAACUUGAAAAAGAGCUGGCAUCCACAGACUCUGCGCAAUGUUGAGAAAGUGUGGAAAGCAGAGCAGAGACAUGAAGCAGAGAAAAAGAAAAUCGAGGAACUGCAAAAGGAGCUGCGAGAUGAGAGGGCUCGAGAGGAGAUGCAAAGAUAUGCUGAAGACACAGGAGCCGUGAAAAAGAAAGAUGAAAAGCUCGAUUGGAUGUAUCAGGGUCCAGGCGGCAUGGUGAAUCGUGACGAAUACCUGCUAGGUCGUCCUGUGGAUAAAUUCAUCCUUGAUAAAAUGCAAGAACCAGAAUCUGGCCCUUCUACUGAGACUGGACUUCUACCAGGGUCCAUAUUUAAUACAUCAUCUGCUAGUUCAUCUCUGGACAUUGCAAACAAGAUACGUGAGGACCCACUUUUUAUGAUCAGGAAGAAAGAAGAUGAGCAAAAACGAGAGGUUCUGAAAAAUCCAGUCAAGAUGAAGAAGAUUAGAGAAUUGCUGCAGACCAGCCUGGAGAAGAAAAGCAAGAAGAAAAAGAAGGAAAAAAAGAAGAGGAGAAAGGCGAGAAGAACUAGCUCCAGUAGUGAAGAGAAGAGUAGCAGUGAAGAAGAAGACCGGAGAAGGAGCAGGUCUCACAAGAACUGCCCAGAGUCUCCCCCAGCUCGCAACAGAAUGCCUGGCUAUGGACUGCAGAUCCGAGAAUCAAGUAAAAGUGGCAGUCGUAGAAAUGAAACAGAGCAAGACAGACACCGCGGCCACUCAAGUCCCCACCGAUCAAACACUGAGAGCAGGCCUAAGACGGAUGGGAGACACAGUAAACCACAUAGAAGCCCUUCCCCUCGCAAAGAGGAGAAUUAUAGGAGACAACGGACGUCUGGCUAUACCAGGAAGCUCUCUGCAGAAGAACUAGAACGGCGGAGAUUAGAAAUGAUGGAGGAUGCCAAGAAGAGGGAAGUAGAGAGAGAGUGUAAUGUGCGCAGGUAUAAGCAAGAGGAACAGAAGGAGCAAGAAAAGGACCAGCAGAGGAAGGAGAGCAAAUUCUUACACAACAUGAAGCUAGAGAGUGCAGCUACUUCCUCUCUGGAGGAUCGAGUCAAACGAAACAUUCAUGCAAUCCAACGUACAUCUGUAGCAUUGGAAAAGAACUUCAUGAAACGAUAACUGCAAAACAGUGUGUUCUCUGGAGCUCACACAUCUCUUUACAGUGACUUUCCUCCAAGAGAUGUAGCUCUCCAUAUCAUUACUCUUCUUAAUUUGUGACCUUGAGGCGCCUUAUCCAAAUAGUUAAGAAACAGGGGUGUGGAACUGCACUGAAUCCCCAUGGUGAUGUGAAUCUGGGUGCAACCAGGCUGGUCCCAGUACCAAGAACCAAUUGCUUGAUAGAACAAAAAAUAGAAAGAGGUCCAGGCACUCCAGGAUUCAAAGAAAUCCUGCCAAAUCA